AUGGAAUAUUACUCUGCAGGUAGAAAACAUAAAAUACCGUACAUUCGCCUAAUAGGUGAGGAAGAACACUGCUGCUCAUUAAUCAAAGAGCCAAACAGUCGGCUAAUGAAAGACUAUUUGGAGCUGCAGAAAGAUCCACUUCCGGAUAUCGUUACAAAACCGCUGGAUGAAAGUUUGUUGUUAUGGGGCUACGCCAUUCGUGGUGCAAAAGAUACCCCAUUUGAUGGUGGUAUAUAUUACGGCGAGAUGCAAUUCACCGAGAAUUUCCCGUGGAUCCCUCCGCAUAUUAUCAUGUACACGCCGAAUGGAAGAUUCAAACCUGGUGAACAAAUUUGCCUUUCUAUUUCUGCAUUUCAUUCUCCAAAUUGGGAUCCGUCGUGGACUGUCGGAGCAUUUCUGCUUUGUUUCGCCAAUUUCAUGAUGUUCGAUGAGGAUAGGAUGGGUACGGGCUUUAUAGAAAGCUCAGCGGAACAAAAACGUGUUUUUGCAAAGCAAUCGAUGUUCUACAAUAAGCAAAACGAACAUUUCAUGAAGGCAUUUGGUGAAAAACCUUUUGAUUCAGAAGAUUCAAAAAACAAAGACCAAGCAAAAACCAAUGAUGAGUCAGAUGACGAGGAGGAAAGUGAAUUGUCAAGUUUUUCUGAUUCGGACGAUGAGAGAUUUAAGAAAACUUUAACGUUAUAG